ACCCUUGGCUCCUUGAUCCAACGCUGGACGGGAAUUUUCAUUGCCUCAUUUUUGUUGUUUGAUCACUUGUCGCAUAGGAAGCGUUACUCUCCACAGUGAAACUUAUGUAGCCAAUACAAUUGUAUCACUUUCCACUGGAACUACUUAGCAGAAGAUACAAAGUAAACUUUAAAAUGUUUUUUUUACCACCGCUCGCGUUGGGCUUGAGUUGAUCGAGAAUGGGGGGUGUUGUUUUACACAGGCUUUUGAUCGUUCCAACAAAUCAACAGUAGAAACAAGUUUCACGCGACCAAGUCCCAUCCCGACCUUUAACCUCCAGAUAACACAUGGAUGACCUGGAUGCUGUCAGAGGACUCUCUCCCCGGCCCGCUCCUCCUCCUGAGGACUCGGUGUCCCUCUCCACGUCCUCCACAGACACCAUCAACUUAGAAGAUGGCCACUACUCUGCCCUGCGAGCGGAGCUGGAGGCUGAUGCUCAGGACUUGGAGGGAGAGUCCUGGAGUGUUGCUGUGGACCAGCAGUACAUAAACAGCCUCCACCAAGACGCUGUAAAGAGGCAAGAUGUCAUCUACGAGUUGAUCCAGACAGAGGUGCAUCAUGUGCGGACCCUGAAGCUGCUGCUGAGUGUUUACCAGUAUGAGCUGAGACACAGCCUACAUAUGGAGGAGACUAGGCUUGAGAGGAUGUUCCCCCAGAUCGACAGCCUGCUGCACAUCCACCAACACUUCCUGUGGUGUCUCAUGGACGGCCGGGACAGACACAACCACCACACUGUCACCCAGCUGGGAGAUAUCCUCAUCAACCAGUUUUCAGGUGAGACGGGGGAGAGGAUGAAGGAGAGUUACGGCGUGUUCUGUAGCCACCACACUGACGCCGUCAGCCUCUACAAGGAACAGCUACAGAACAACAAAAAGUUCCAGAACUUGAUUAUGAAAAUCGGUCGGUUGUCCAUCGUUCGGAGGUUAGGAGUCCCAGAAUGCAUCCUGUUGGUGACUCAGCGGAUCACAAAGUACCCCGUCCUGGUGGAACGCAUUCUCCAGAACACUGAAGCCGACAGUGAGGAGCACGGUGCCCUGGCCCAGGCCCUGGUUCUGAUCAAAGAGACCAUCUCUGCUGUGGACUCCCAGGUCCAUGACUAUGAGAGGGCCUCCAGGCUGAGAGACAUAGGCAGCAGGCUGGAGCCUCGUUCCCAUGGCCGGUGGAAGGACGGCAGGGAAUUCACCAGAGAGGAUCUGGCUGAGGGCUUCAGAACCCUGCUCCACGAGGGGACGGUCAACUGUCGGGUGGCAAACGGACGGCUCAAAGACAUCCAUGCUGUUCUGUUGUCAGAUGUCCUGCUGCUCUUACAAAAGGAAAAGGACCAGAAACUCAUAUUUGCUAAUGUGGACAACAAGACGUCGGUGAUCUCCCUCCAGAUGCUGAUCGUCAGGGAGAUGGCCCAUGAGGACAAGGCUAUGUUCCUGAUCAGUGCUUCGUCCAGCAUGCCAGAGAUGUACGAGAUACACACAUCCUCCAGAGAGGACUGCAACGCCUGGAUGAGCCUUAUACGAGACGCUGUCAACAGUUGUCCAGUAAUGGAGGAGCAGCUGAGCAAUGAGCAGGAGGAGGCCAGGCUAGCCAGGCUCAGAGACUUCCAAGAGCGUCUGUAUGUGAAGGAUUCCCAGAUCAUGCAGAGCCUGACAGAGAAGCUGCAGAUGUUUGCUGACAUGGCGGAGGCUGUAACAGGGAUAGAUGAUCUAGCUGCCCACUCAUGUCUGCUGCUCCGCGGUGACGCCUCAGACCUCCAGCAGGGGGAGACACUGCUCAAGGGGGCCAUCACUGAGGUGGAGAAUCUGCAGAACCUUCUCCUGUCCGGUGUGACUGUGCGAGAUCCCCAUCCAGAGGACAGCCUGGGACCAGGGAGGUUCAGUUUGAGGCCAGAAGUGGUACGGCUUUGUCUAGGGGGGCUCGGCCUUGGGCGGCUGGGGAACCUGUCGGUGCUGAGGAGAGCGGAGACCUUUGGAGGUUACGACUGCAACCCUCACACCCCCAUCAAGAAUGUAGAGGGACGACCUCAACGUUCAAACUCUGACCCCCAGCUACAGGACCUCGACCAAUCGGAGAACCUGGAACUGUCGUUCUUUUACACCGUGCUGACUCUCUCACAUAGGCUCUACGGUCUGCAGGCCAUCGUCUCCCAGCAGGACAGCCACAUUGAGCUCCAGCGUGCCUCUCUUUUGGAGCGUGAGCGUCCGGGUCGCAACCGAGGCAACAUGCUCCUGGAGCAGGAGAAACAACGUAACCUGGAGAAACAGAGAGAAGAGGUGGCCAACUUCCACAAGCUGCAGACACAGCACCGCCAAAACCAGGCUCGCUGGGAGAAGGAGCGUGAGCGUCACCGGCUGCAGGCGGAGGUCCUAGAGGCGGAGUUAAGACGGAGAGAGGAGGAGUGUGGGAGACUGGAGGAGAAACUAGAGGCGGAGCGAGAGGAGCUGGAGAGACAGAGAGAGACGUACCAACAGGAUCUGGAGAGGCUGAGGGAGUCAGCGAGGACGGUGGAAAAACAGAAGGAACACCUCAAUACACAGAUGAAGUUGAAGCAGAACAAGACCAACCCUGGGAGUUUUAACUUCACAGCUCAGCAGGCUCCCCUCUCCCAGUCCUUCCGAGGGGAUCCUCCCCUCUCCCAGUCCUUCCGAGGGGAUCCUCCCCUCUCCCAGUCCUUCCGAGGGGAUCCUCCCCUCUCCCAGUCCUUCCGAGGGGAUCCUCCCCUCUCCCAGUCCUUCCGAGGGGAUCCUCCCCUCUCCCAGUCCUUCCGGGGGGAUCCUCCCCUCUCCCAGUCCUUCCGGGGGGAUCCUCCCCUCUCCCAGUCCUUCCGGGGGGAUCCUUCCCAGUCCUUCCGGGGGGAUCCUCCCCUCUCCCAGUCCUUCCGGGGGGAUCCUCCCCUCUCCCAGUCCUUCCGGGGGGAUCCUCCCCUCUCCCAGUCCUUCCGAGGGAACCUGACGGCUGAUUGGAUGAAGGGAAGAGAGGUGAUCCCCAAGGUCCUCGUUCCCCACAGCCUCUCUGUAGCCACCAACAUUUUCCUGGAGCAGCCCCCGGAGGUGCCCCCUCGCAGGGAGAGCAUCAGCCCCGGGCCCCUUAAACCGGAGUUCCCCAUCCACCUGAUCAGCAAAACCAACCAGGUUGUUCACAAACCAGUGGCUGUGCAACAGCAGAUACCCACCAAGCUGGCUGUCUUUGGCAACAAGGUCAAGGAGAAGAGCAGUAAGAAGAGGUCCCACCACAAGCGAAAUCACAGCGCAGCGUCCAUAGAAAUGUCUCAGGUGGUGCCGAUCAGAGUCACAGGAAAUGAGAGCCAGAGUCUGAGAGGGAAGAAGACUGUGAGCCCACAGAGAAACUACCAAUUAGAUGGUUUCUUCAGUCCUCCAGAGCCCCUGUCCAGCGCUAAGCCCUCCCAGACCCUGUCGUCCAGCAGCAGCAUGAGGAGUAAUAACCAGAGCCACAUCCCUCCACCUCCCCCUCCACCCUUCCCCAAAGACAUAGCAAGCAAACCAACCAAGGAACACGUUAUCUACCUGUAAGGACACAGGGCGACACCAAAACCCUUAGCUAGGGCUCUGAAACUGGCGGCCCAUGUGCUAAAACCGGCCCACGAGUGAUUUAUAUUUGGCCCGCCAAAGCUCUGUUCACAGUAAAGAUGUGAUUAUAUAUAUAUUUGUUUUUUACUGAUUGGGCUUUCUAAUUGCUGGUACUUAUUAAGUUCCUGUUGAAUUUCCACAUUUCCAAAAUUCAUUUCUAUUGUUCGGUUGAGUGUUUGUCUCUAAACUCUCUCUGCACUCAAGUCUUUUUUUCGUUUUAAGCCUUUUUAAAGAUGAUUUAAAUUCAUGUUAGGAAGCUGGUUAUUACUUUUAAUUGUUUACAGAUCUCAGGUGCCAAGCACGUUAUCUCAGAGCGCAUAAGAAACUAUUUUUAAUCCUAAUUGACCUGUUCCUCGUAUUGUAUUUCUUCUUGUCAUAGAAUGUAUGGAAGUAAAUGUUCAUUUAGCUGUGAGGUGUAAAACUCUUAUGGCCAGUUUACCAGACGAAGAUUAAGUGUAGUCCAGGACUAAAAAAGAUUCUCAAUUGAGAUUCUCCGUUUUUUUUUGUUGUUGUUUUUUGUCCAAGACCAGUCUUAAUCUGUGUUUGGGAAAUGGGCCCUUAUGGUAUGGGAAUUAUGGUGUAUUUUAACACGGAAUAAUAAUGACUACUGUACUAAAUUAUGCCAAUUCUA